AUGUUGGUUCAGAUUCUCGGGGUGAAGGAAAGCAGGGAUUUGGAGCAAGGGUUUGGUGUUCUCAUGCAGAAUCUACUGUCUGGCGGGCUGGAGAAGGCGCAUGCAGAGAGGAAGGGGAGAGCAGGCAGGGGAGUUGCGGGAGGAAGCAAGGGUAAACGGCAGAUGGAGAAUGAUGGGAACUCGGAAGGGUCAUGGGAAAGCAUGGAAGGUGGUGGUAAGGAUGGUAGGGAUGGGAAGGGUGGGCAGUGGAGGGAGAAUCUGAAGGGGCGUGCGUGGGAGAGGUAUGUGGAUGGCAUGGCUUGGAUUCUGGAGCAUGGAGGGGGGGGAGGGAGGGAGUUCAGGUGCAGCCACUGCAGUGAGGGGGGCAGCAGCAGUGGUGCCAGCAGCAGCAGCAAUCUCGAAGGCACGGAAAUUCCCAAGGGCAUGUAUGUGAGUGGCAUGGGUGCGACUGACUUUGCUCUCUGCGUUGCUGCAGUGCUGUCCUCGCCACAGUACCGUAGGGAGACCGAUCUCUACCUCCAGGAUGGGAACACUGCGAGGAAGACAUGGGUGGAGGAUGCAGCUAUUGAAACGGCCAGGGAGAGGCUGAGACGGAGGGCGCAGGGUGAAGGAGGGGCAGCAGGCAGAGUGAUUGCAGUCUUCACGUAUCGUGCUGCCUGCAUUCUGCAGUGGGCCCGCACCUAUGGGUCUGAAAUCGUCCCCGCUAGCCAGUGCUGCAAGGACAGCCCCCAGGGGAGGGUCCGGCCCAUGCGUCACCCGCUUCGGGACCUUCCGAGCCUGCUGGUCCGGCUCGGCGCCAUUCCCAAGCCUGUGGACCAAAGCAACUUCCCCUGGGAGUGGGAGGAGUGGCCUCGGGGCGAUGAAGCUGCUGCGAAGCUUCCUGAUGAUCCGAGUGCGAAAUUCUUUCGGCUGGGAAUUGUGGAGGAAGCGAGUGGGACAGCAGAGGAGCAUGGGGCAGGAGAGAAGGGCGGACAGGGGUCAAAAUCAGGAGGCAAGACUGGGACUGCAAAGGGGGAGGGAGGAGACAAAGGGAGGGACAAGCGGGAGGGAAGGAGCAGAGGGCAUGGGGAAGAAGAGAGAAUUCGAGGAGUGGAGUGUGACUUAGACGAGAGGCUGCUGCAGCAGCUGCUCACAAAGCUGCUGCCGCUAGUGCAGAGGAAAUACCCCAUCGUUCGCUGCACUGCUGAUGCCGAUUUCCUAGUGGAGUUUGCCGGGCAUCUGGUCAAGCCACCUGCUUGCGCUCAGUGCAAGCCCUGCCUUGCUGUCUACAGCUGUAGCAUUCCCUUCCUCACGCUCAUCGCCAACUACGCCUACCGACCUGCCUCCAUCCUUUUCAACCGCUUUGUAUCCAUCUUCCCGCCUCUCUCUCCUGAAUUCGACCGGGUUGCUGCUCGUAUGGGUGUGCCGCCUUUCCCUGCCAGCGUGCCUGGCUUUCUACGGUCGGCUCUGCUACAGAAUCGGGCAGAGCUCGAUCCUGUGCUCUUCCUCUUGGCCGUGGCUCCAAAAUGGGCCGCCCCCGUUCUGGGAAUCACCGACCGGAAGGACCUACACAGGUUGCGAGACGGAGAGGAAGCGGACGGGAGGGUGUGGGAGGAGGUGCAGAUGUGGUGGCUGGCGGUGGAGUUUGCAUGGCAGGGCGACGUGAAGCGCGAGGGCGAGGCACUGCGUGACACGUGCCAGGGAGGAAAGGAGCGGGCCGGAAGGGAUGGAGCGCAGGGAGGGGAGAUUACGAGCGACAAGUGGCGUGAGCUGUGGAAAAGGGCUGCCAUGCCCAGGUUCUGUGAAGACAUUAACAGUGAGAAAAGGCUUUCUGAAAUUAUCAGUGAAAGCAGCAAUCUCAGCGACAUCUUCGGAAGCAGCAGCUAUAGUCACGGAAAUGACAGUGACAGUGGGGGUCGACGGACGAAAGGGGGUGAUGGGAAGGGCAAGCAGGGGGGGGAGCUGGCUUAUUUGAAGCCAUGGCCGGGGGGAGUCAAUUUGCUGGCAUGUCUGCGAGAGAUGCUGCUGGGGGAGCCGUGCUACCGCCCUGCCUCCCCUGCUGCCCCUUCCACCCCUGCUGCCUCUUCCGCACCUGUUUCCUCGUCCGCUUGUGCUGCCGCUGCUGCCCCUUUCUCCCAUGCUGCUCCAUCCACCAGUGCCACACCGAAGCAUGCAAGUGCACCCAUUUCGGUCGCAGGUGGCUCUGGUCCUGCUGCCAGUGGUGGGGAGCGUGUGUGCGGUGCUGUGGGGUGUGGGAUGGUGGGGGGUGGUGGCGGUGUGAAGCUGAAGAACUGCUCUGGGUGUGGCAGGGUGGCGUAUUGCAGCAGAGAGUGCCAAAAGGCGCACUGGCCCUCCCACAAGCUCACAUGCCCCGGCAGGAGCAGCGGGAAGAAGAGUGGGAUGACCAGUGGCAAGGUGGGUGGCAAUGUGAGUGGCAACAUGUGUGGCAAUGUGAGUGGCAACAUGUGUGGCAAUGUGAGUGGCAGCAUGUGUGGCAAUGUGAGUGGCAACAUGUGUGGCAAUGUGAGUGGCAGCAUGUGUGGCAAUGUGAGUGUCAAGGUGAGUGGCAAGGUGAGAGAGUAA